AUGUUGAUCGAUACCGACAUCCUCAUUAUCGGUGCCGGAUUGUCAGGCGUGGGCUUUGCGAUCCGCCUCCAGCAAAAGUACCCGUUGGUGACAUAUGAGGUCUACGAAAAGGCCGAGGAGUUGGGGGGUACGUGGUGGUUUAAUACAUAUCCCGGAUGUGCUUGCGAUGUCCCUUCGCAUCUAUACUCCUACUCAUUCGCGCUUAACCCCGAAUGGAGUACGCAAUUCGCCCCUCGAGCCGAAAUCGAAGCCUACUGUCGCUCUGUUGCCGAUAAAUAUGAUAUACCCCGGCAUAUCACUUUUCGCUCCACCGUCCAGGGUGCGACAUGGGACGAAGCGUCUGGCACUUGGUCCGUGAGGAUUCUAGACCAGCAGACGGAGAAGGUAUAUAAGCGGCGGUCGAGAGUCCUGAUUUCAGCGGUUGGCUUGCUUUCAGAACCAAAUGACUGCGAGAUUCCCGGUGCCCAGGACUUUACAGGGAAGCUCUUUCACAGUGCCCGAUGGGAUCACUCAUUCGACUGGGCCGGGAAAGAUGUCGUUGUCAUUGGAAAUGGCUGCAGCGCAACCCAGUUCGUCCCCAUCCUCAGCGCAGACCCAGGCAAAGCUAGAAGCGUCGUCCAAUUCAUCCGUCAACCGCACUGGCUCGAAGAGCGCCCUAACCCUCGAUACUCUGACGCCACCAAAUGGAUCUUCCGUAACAUUCCUCUUGCCAUGCGCCUUUUCCGUUUAGCCAUUUUCCUCUACCUUGAGAGCUACUUUAUCACAUUCAAUCGCCGCGCGGGCAAGAAGAUACGCGAGAAGAAGAUGAAGGCUCAAACGGCGUAUCUCAAGCGAACGGCACCGGAAAAGUACUAUGAGGCCCUGAUUCCCAAGAUCGAACUCGGAUGUAAGCGUCGUGUUAUGGAUACGGCUUAUCUCGCCUGCUUGCAUAGGGAGAAUAUGGAGCUUGUCCAUGCGGAUCCCAUCGAAUGCAUCACGGCUACUGGGGUGAGGACGCAGUCGGGUCGCGAGGUCAACGCCGAUGCUAUUGUUCUCGCCACGGGCUUCAAGGCGACGCAGUUCCUCUUUCCUCUUGAGAUUAAAGGGGAACACGGGGUUAGCAUCACUGAACAUUGGCAAAAUACCCCUACUCAAGUGCCACAUGCAUACUACAGCACAUGCAUUUCCUCCUUUCCGAACUUCUUCAUCCUCCAUGGACCCAACACGGCAACAGGCCACACCUCCGUUAUCUUCACCGCCGAAUGCCAAAUCAACUUUGCCCUAAAGGUCCUCGAUCCUAUCCUCUGCCCUCUCCACUUGAGCACGACCACAAACAUAGGACCCCUCUCCCACUCGCCCUCUCAAUCAUCCCUCCGCUUCCCAUCCUUUCUGACCCGAUCAAGGUCAAUCCGCAAUCGCAACCCCUCCUCCUCCUCGCAGAACACAUCUAUCCCACCAAAACCAUCACCACCCUGGGCUCAACAGCAACACCGCCCCCGCAACCGACACAAGCACCGGCACCCAAGAAUAGUCACCGUAACCCCCGAAGCCGAAGCGCGCGACGCCAGCUGGAUCGCCCGCGCGAGCGAAAAGUACGUUUGGACGAGUGGGUGCGCGAGCUGGUACCUCCAUCCGUCGGGGCGGAACACGACGCUGUACCCUGGGUCCCAGGUGCGGUUUUGGUGGCGGAGUGUGCGGGGGCCGCGGAGGGUGGACUUUGUGUAUAGGGGUUGUGAGGAGAAAGAGCCCGGGUCUACAGGGAAGAGGGGGCUGAAAUAG